GAGAGUGAUCGUGAGAGCCUGGCUGUGUGUGUGUGUUGUGUGUGUGUAUGAUCGCGAGGCGCGCGGGACGGGCUGUUGUUUGUGCCGCUGCUGUAUCGCCGCUGCCUCUCCGUGCGCGUGCGGUAACCCUGUGCGCGUGCGGUAAACCUAUGCGCGAGCGGUAACCCUGAGCGCGCGCUCUGCUGUGAAAUGCCUUUAAAAAUAACAGGUAGGUGAGUGAGUCAGAGUGGCAGCAGGCAGCAGUAAGUGGCAGCAGUGAGUGGCAGCAGCAGCAGCUGAAGGCAGGCGGAUUUACUGGACCUGGAGCUUCGCUUUUUUAUCUGGAACGAUGCCUGUCGCCCCGGGUUCGGGCUCGGACUGGACUGGAUCUAACAGGACUGUGCGACCAGAGAACGUGAGAAGAGCGGACGGUGUGGAUUAGAGAACUUUUACUCUUUUAAACCUUUUUUUUUUUUGGAUUUCCUCAACAUUUCCCUACACACUUUUUUUUUCUUCGUCUGAUCUCGUCUCUCAAUGCGGGCUGUAAAGGACCUUCUCGUUUGUGGAUUGAAAUGAAAUAAUGGCGGCCCGUUGGACUGGUUCCCCGAGCCAGGAUGAAGUGAAGAAGGCAGCAGGAUCUCCACUCUGUGAGGGUAAGCAGAAGGAUGGGUGUGAUCACACGGAGAGCUGUCUCGUCUCUCCGGGGACGGAGGAGCCUUUCUCCUGGCCGGGACCCAAAACCCUCCGCCUGCGCCGGAACUCUCAGGGCUUCGGCUUCACCCUCCGUCACUUCAUCGUCUACCCACCGGAGUCCGCCGUGCACUACUCACUCAAGGACGAAGACAAUGGCAGCCGAGGGAGGCAGCGGAACCGGCUAGAGCCGAUGGACACCAUCUUUGUGAAGCAGGUGAAGGAGGGAGGCCCCGCCCACGGAGCUGGACUCUGCACAGGGGACCGGAUAGUGAAAGUGAAUGGAGAGAGUAUCAUAGGAAAGACCUAUUCCCAAGUGAUCGCCUUGAUCCAGAACAGUGAUGCGUCUCUGGAGCUGUGUGUGAUGCCAAAAGAUGAAGACAUUUUACAGCUGUUCUCCAGGGACAUCACUGCUCUGGCGUAUUCCCAAGAUGCGUACCUCAAAGGAAAUGAAGCGUACAGCGGGAACGCUCGGAACAUCCCCGAGCCUCCGCCCAUCUGCUACCCGCGGAUAGAGUGUAAGGUCUCGGGGAUGACCCAGGCCCAGACGUCAGACCCCCCUGCCCACCCUGAGACCUCCCUCACCGCGGGACGACGCUCUAAUCCUGAGAUAAACUACAGAGUGGAGAUCCCCGUCCCCCCCUCACCUCCAUCCUCCUCACAGGUCUCCAAGACUGUGGUCUGUGUGUAUAAUGAGACGGGGAGGACCACGGUGGAACCAGUGGAACCUUCAGCUCGAUCUACUCCCAGCCACAGAACAGAGGAGGACAGGUACGCCCCCCUCACCCCGGCUACGACUGAAUCAGCGUCCGAGCGUCCGAGAGCUCACACCACUGCUUCUGCUUCUACUGCUGGAGGAUCUCAGCUCCACCACACCCCCGGCCGAGUCUCAGUGCCUGCCGUCUACGCCGGUUCAGCUCCAGUACUCACCCAGUCCCUCAGACCCCCAGCGACCUCCACCCCCGCCUCCAGCCCCUACACCCCCUCCCCUCCCUCCUCCACCACCUCCCCCUGCUCCCCCCACCAGAACAUCGACUGGAGGAACUACACCACCUAUAAGGAGUACAUCGAUAACAAGCGCCUCUACAUGUACGGCUGCCGCACCAUCCAGGAGCGUCUGGACAGCCUGAGGGCGGCGGCGGGGGAGUACAGCAAGCAGCAGCAGCAGCAGCGGGAGCAGCAGCAGGAGGAGGAGGAGCCGGGGAAAGGUGCUAACGGAGCUCAGAUCCGGAGGAGAAGCGCAUCUCACGAGCGCAGUCACAUCGGUACAAGGGUCCCGCUGCCGUUGCGCAGCGUGUCUCAGGAGAAGCUGGGUGGGGGUGAGCGGGGGACAAGUUCAAGAGACUGGCCCCGCAGCGUGUCGCAGGACGCCCUGCCCUUGGUGCCGGUGGGCGUGAAUAAGCCGCGGGCGCGGUCCUGCGAUUACCUCAGCCGGCACGGAGACAGCGGGACGGACAGGCUGCUGCAGGACAGACGGACGUACGGCCGGACGGAGACGGAGGACAGGGGACGGGGCUGCUCCGGGGACACGGACGCACGGGGCAGCAGGCAGUCCGGCUCUUUACGCACAGUGUCCCACCCACACCGGCCCCCCAGCACCGGGUACGGGGGCAGCUACCCGGGACUGUCCGUCACUCCUCUCCUCUCUAAAGUGCUGAGCUCCAGAGCAGAGAGUCUGGGGAACACUGCCACUCCAAAGCCAUCUCCCCUCUCCACCCCAUCCUCCGUACCUGCAGAUACCUCACCUGCGUCCUACGUCUCCUCUGCUCUCGCCUCCUUACACGCCGCCGCCGCCACCGGCAGCAUCAGCGGCAGCAGCAGAGGCGCCUUCCCAGAGCUGUCCAAAGACCAAAGAGCCGCCGCCCCAGUGCCUAACCACGUCCCCCCCGGCGCACACCCCUCCACCAUCACCCGGGCUCGCACCGAGAGCCUGCAGGAGCCCGCCGGCAGCGGGGGGCUCGGGGUCCGACCCCAGAAGACCCAGUGGACGCAGCAGUCCAGAGACCUGCCCAUGUGCCGGAGCUUCGACGCCUCGGUCCUGCAGCGGCCGGUGAUCCGCAGGCAGCAGUGCCGGGCCGGCGGGAGGGAGGGGGUGGGGAUAGAGGGAGCGGACGCUACGGUGGUGGUGCUAAGGCGGGACAAAUCCGGACCCCCGCCCCUCCGACACCCGUCCUACAUCCAGGCCGUAAAUGAUGGAGAGAGGGGCGGAGACACGCCCACCUGCUGGCUGCCCAACGACGCCCGGCGAGACAUGAGCAUACAGCGGCUCGGGGAUCAGCACCAGGGCUCAGCGGAGCUCGGAGACUCGCUGGACUCCAUUCCCUUCAUCGAUGAGCCAUCCAGUCCCAGUGUUGACCAUGAUAACACCCACAUUCCUGCGUCUGCGGUCAUCUGUAGCACUCCGGUCAUCACCACCAUCCCCCCGAGCCCCACCUCCCCAACCGCCAUCAUCCGCCGCCAGCUCUCCCACGACCAAGACUCUUUGCGACUCACGAUUCUAGAAUCAGAUUCUGGUACCAAAACAGAGCGAUCCAAGUCCUGUGACGAGGGAUUGGAUAACUUCCGGGAGGAAGGACGCGGGAGAUCACUGAAGCACCUCCCUGGUCUGAGAGGGUUACGGAAGGCUGUGGACAGAUCAUCAGAAGACUCCGGCUCCAGAAGAGACUCUUCAUCAGACGUCUUCAGCGAUGCUACUAAAGAGGGACUGCUGCAUUUCCGCCAGCUCAACUCAGACAAGGGCAAGCGUGUGGGCAGUAAGCCGUGGAAGCAGAUGUACGCCGUGCUGCAGGGACACUCUCUGUUUUUAUACAAGGAUAAGAAAGAGGCUCAGACUCACGCCAGCUCUCAGACCGAGGACGAGCCGCUGCCCAUCAGCAUCAGAGCCUGUCUGAUCGACAUCUCCUACAGCGACACCAAGCGCAAGAACGUCCUGCGCCUCACCACCUCCGACUGCGAGUACCUGUUCCAGGCCGAGGACCGGGAGGACAUGCUGUCCUGGAUCCGAGCCAUCCAGGAGAACGGCAACCUGGACGAGGAGAAUGCACUGAUCACAAGUACAGACCUCAUCAAUCGCAAGAUAAAGGAGUACAACACCAUGAUGAGUCCACCCAGCAGUAAGACGGAGCAGUCCCCGAAGGCCUCUCGCCAGUCUCUGAGUAUCAGACACACUCUGCUGGGAGGAAAAGGAGAGAGUAAAUCCCAGAGCCCCCACUCCCCCAACAAAGAGUACGACAGGAAGACCAUACACAAAGAUGAGUCUAGCCCACCCAAGGAUAAGAGGAGGAAGGGGAUCCCGGGGCUGAUGAGGAAGCCGUUUGAGAAGAAGGCCUCUCCUGGUGUAACGUUCGGAGUCAGACUGGAUGACUGCCCUCCUGCUCAUACCAACAGAUUUGUUCCUCUGAUCGUGGAGGUGUGCUGUAAGCUGGUGGAGGAGAGGGGGCUGGAGUACACAGGUAUCUACAGAGUGCCGGGAAACAACGCAGCCAUCUCCAGCAUGCAGGAGGAGCUGAAUAAGGGCGUGGGAGACAUCGAUGUGGAGGAGGACAAAUGGAAGGAUCUGAAUGUGAUCAGCAGCUUACUGAAGUCCUUCUUCCGGAAGCUUCCAGAGCCACUCUUCACCAACGAAAAGUACUCCGACUUCAUUGACGCCAACAGAACCGAGGAUCCAGUGGAGCGACUGAAGGUGCUGAAGAGGCUGCUUCAUGAGUUGCCGGACCACCACUAUGAGACCCUCAAAUUCCUCUCCGCUCAUCUGAAGACCGUGGCUGAGAACUCUGAGAAGAAUAAGAUGGAGCCGAGGAACCUGGCCAUCGUGUUUGGACCCACGCUGGUGCGAACGUCUGACGACAACAUGACGCACAUGGUCACACACAUGCCUGACCAGUACAAGAUAGUGGAGACCCUCAUUCAGCACUAUGAUUGGUUCUUCACUGAAGAGGGCGACGAGGAGCCAGUGACCACCGUGCAGCAGGACAGUGCAGUGGAGACUCAGCCUGUGCCUAAUAUUGAUCACCUGCUGACCAACAUCGGCCGCACGGGAACAUCUCCAGGGGAAGUGUCAGAUUCACCCACUAGUGAUUCAGCUAAGUCUAAGCAGGGCUCCUUGGGGUCGGGCAAGGAUCCAUGCAGUCGAGAGCUGGUCUCCUCCAUCUUUGCUGCGGCCAAUCGCAAACGAAAGAAGCACAAGGAAAAACUGCAGCCUAGCAGCUCUGACGAUGACCUGGAUGCCGUCUUUUCUAAGAAAGAGCUACCUGUCCAGGGUCAGGAAGCUGCCGAAGGAGACGGCAGUCCCGUACCGGCUGGAGCAAAGCACCGUGGGAACGAAGAAGCAGCGACGACGACGACACCCAAGAGCCAAAAAGAGUACAGGAACUCUUUCUUCAUGAGAGACAAGUCUUUGUCAACCUCUUCGAAAUACUCCUCCUCCACCUCGCCCAACCUCACCUGCCGAACGGUGUCUCUUCCUAAAGGCUCCCUGUCCGACACGCCCUCCCAGGUCGACGAGGCUACCUCAGACUUGGGUACCAUGAGCUCUGGAGCCUCGGUCCCCAGAAGCAGGCCUAGGAGAUGGGGUACAGCAACGCCCUCAGCUAUGGAGCUUUCUCCAGCAGGGCCUACAGGAGCUUCAGCCACUGCAGAAGUGAGCUCCAUCACGUCGGAUUACUCCACUACGUCCUCCAACACCUUCCUGACGGGAGCAGAGUCGAGCGCACUCAGUCCAGAAGUGCAGUCGAUGACCGAGAGCCGGGCUGGAGACGAAGCCGACGACGAACGAAGCGAGCUGAUCAGCGAGGGGCGACCGAUGGAGACCGACAGCGAGAGCGACUUCCCUGUUUACACCAGUCGAGAUGGAGCGACCCCUUCUGGUUUGGAAUUGUCGCAUGCCUUAUUUACCACGCCUUGCAAAACAGACCCUUCUACAGCCAGGGAGAAACCAGACUGUCGCCGGCUGCUGCCAUCUCAUAGGCUGAUUGAGUGCGACUCACUCUCUAGGAGACGGUCCUUGAGGCAAAAGACAGACAGCGAGUCGUCCGUGGAAGGUGCCGGAGCUGGAGCUGGAACCAGUGCUGGAACCAGCACUCAAGGAGUUACCCGAAGUGAACCAAACCGUUUGUCUCGUGUCUUGGAAGCCAUGAAGAAAGGUCGCUCUACUGGAAGCCUGAGCUCGUCCUCGUCACGCAGCGAAUCAGAUCGAACUGAGACGACGCCCAGACGUCUCAAGAUCACAGAGAGGCUCAAGUGCAGACUACGCCUUUCCGCCGACGACAUGUUCGGAAUCGGGGAUCGAAAGAACCGCACGCCGGAGGAGUCCAAGAAGAAGAACAUCCGCCGACGGCACACCAUGGGUGGGCAGAGGGAUUUUGGAGAGUUGGCGGUUAUUAAUGACUGGAGGGAGCAGGGUGGGGGCGACCAGGGUGCGGAACUGCCCGUCAGCGACCGGCUUAAACCACAGGAAGUCUCUUUUCGAGACUGGUUAGCUGGUGAGCGCUGGAAGGCUGGGGGUUCCCGCAGGGCUAGCAAAGAAGCAGAGCGGCUUGUGGUGUCAUCAGGUCCUGAGGUCAUCAGGUCCGGGGCUGGAGAGGAGUUAAGUCAUCACGGUUCUAGCUCGGUUCUUCUGGUUUCCAGUCCGAGUCCCCAGAGUCCACAGUCCAGCACAGAGCAGGUGAACGGGGGAGGACCACAGGGCAAGAGCAAAGCCAGCCUGAACUCCGGCGCUGACUCGCAUCCGCACAAACUCUCCGGAGCUCAAGUGGUCCGUUCCCGAUUCUACCAGUGUCUAUGAAACGACAGCAGUUACCUAUCUGCCUGUCAGUGUGUGAGUGGAUGUGAGUGAAUGGAAUGGUUUAUGAAUGGAAUUCUGUAAGUUUUUAGCAUUUUUCCUUGCUCUAAAACACCCGAUCCAGAUAAUUUGCUCAUUAUCAACCCCUUCCUGAGGAGAAGUGGGCGUGUCCAAGCAGGAAAAUCACAAAGGAUAGUGUUAGCUUAGAGCGGGGCACAACCUAAAACAUAUUGGAUGUCAAAAAACAGAUUAAAAAUCGUUUUAUACAAAUAAUUCAAACAAAUUUCCAGCUACUAACAUUUAUAGCCUUUCCCAUCGUCGCAAUUUACUGUACCAAACUUGAGGGGGCGCUAUAAUAGUCACUGCAACAGUCUGUUAAAUCCAUACAGACAGUAAUUAAUUAAUUAAUUAAUUCAAUACAGUUCUAAAGUGUUUAAUUCAGGCCAGUUUUUUAAACAUGGAAAAGUGACAUGGAAAGUGAAAAGAGACUGCUAUUUUACACCGCAAAAAAUGAUUUAGGAAAAAACAGACAAUAUCUGUUAAGCCUGUGAGGACAAACAUCUAAACAAUUAUUAUUUAUUUAUUAAUUCAUUGUAAUUCAGUUAAUUUAUUGAUUUCCACUGCAUGCUAUGUGCCCUACAGGUCUCUACUUGGAAAUGCACCAUUAGUUACAGUAACAGUGUGCAUAAUACUACCACCACCAUGUUUAAAAGCUUUUAAUGUUUCUAGCUACUAAUAUUAUUCAAAAACAAUUCAGCCCAAAGCAGUCUUUCCAAGCAGGCCAGUUAUCCAAAUUCUUGUGUCAAGUUAAAUGUAAUUAAUAAAAAGAAGAACAGCCAAUACCAGUAUCAAUAUCAGUCACACUCAAUUAGAUUUUAUUAUUAUUAAUAUAAUCUAUGGUACAUUCCUGUUAAACGUGUGAAAAAAACAUCCAAAAUUCUAAUUAUUUAUUGAUAAAUAUUGAUUUCAACUCAAUGCUACCUUCACAACUGGUCUCUGUACUUAGAAAUGCACCAUUAGUUACAGUAACAGUGUGUAUGUAACUACCACCACCAUGUGUAAAAGGCUGUACUUCAGCCUGUCUAGCUCUCAUCUGCUUCCAAACUGUGCUCUAAUAUGCCACUAAGUGGAGAUUCAGAUAAUAUAGAAGUGAAUUCUGAACAUGUUUGGGUUAGGUUGUGUCCCGCUCUAUGUCCUAUGUCCCUAUAUCCCAGGACUGGGGUUCAGAACCCCUUGCUGUAGAGAAAGUACAGUUGUGAAAGUUUGUAUGUGUACAUAUAAUGGAUGGAUCAUGUGUAAGAGUAAUGGAUGUAGGGGUGGGUGAUAUGUUAAAAAAUGAUAUAUCACAAUAUUAAAAGAAGAUAUUCUGACUAUACACAAUGCUCUAGUAGUGGCAGAUUCUCAAACAGGAUUAAUAAUACUCUUUUUAAAUAAAAUAUGCAAUUGGGUACAGUUAUUUAACUAGAGUUCUGCACCUUUUAGUGCAUUCUUUGCUCCCCAAACACCUGAUCCAGGUAAUUAGCUCCUUAUCAGCCCAUUAUUGAGACAUGCUGCCCAAACUGCAUCAUAAACUUAUGAUUAUGAGUUAUGAUUAUUGAAUUGAUUACAUUUUUUAUGAGCCCCAACUAUUGUUAAGUUAUUAACACUCUAUAGCAUGUAUUUAUAUAUGUUGGGUCUAACUGCAUAUUGUUGCCCUGAGGCAAGACAUUACAAAGAAAUCACUGUUUUAGUAAAUAAAAGACAAAAAAAUAGCCAAAUAUGACAAAUGUUAAUAAAUAAAUAAAUAAAUAAACAUUAAAGGACAGUGUAAUAAUUCCAAAUGUGUUUUGUUGCCUGAGGGCAUCAACACCAAAUCUAAAAACUGUAUAAAUUAUAUAUAUUUUUACUUUAAAUGGUUGAAUUUUAGUUAUUUAUAACAGCAUAAACACUGCAGUUGUCUAUUUUUAGUGGGUUAAUAAAAAAAUAAAAGACACAUAAGUACACAUAAAUUCUACCAAUAGAUUUAACAGAAUAAAAACAGAAUUGGCUCUUUGUUUAAAAAAAAGUAAGAAACUCAUGAUAUACAUUGUAAUUUAUACAUAUAGUAUAUUGUAGUGUAAAAGGUGAACGUGAAGAAAAAGUGAACUUGAAGGCAGCAUUAACAAGUGGGUGUGUUAACGCAGGGGAAGCAAUAAAAUGUGCAAAAAAAAUGAGCGGUUGAGAAAUACUAAAAGAAAUACUAAAAAAUACUAAAAUAAAAUAAUAAUAUUGUCGCUGUCCAGUGAAAAACUAUCGAUUUUUAGUUUUUUUAACAUACUUUUAACAAACAAGCUGUGUCUUACUCUGUAUCAGAAUUUCUUAAUGAAUGGACCAAUAGAAAUUGUUUAAAAUGACCUAAAAUUAACUCACUCAAUUUUUUAAUUGACUUCCAUUAAAAAAGUUCAGAAGGUUUAAUCUCUUUUUCAUGCAAAGUUGCUGUUUUGCAGAUACUGCACAAGUUUUUCACAUGUUGAACAGCGCCAGUAUACAUUGUGUAUCAAAGUAAUAAUUAAUUUAUUACAAUUUAUUACGGAAAAUAUUGCCAUAUUUCCCACCCCUAAUUGAAUGAGAAAAACAGUUAAGAAUUGAAUGAAUGUUAGAGCUACAGUUACUGCACAAUAUUUCUUUUAUUUUAUUAUAUAUUUUUUUGGUAUUCUUUUUUUCUUUUAAUUCAUUUCCCCCUCCCCCCCGCCCUCCCUUUUUUAAAACAAAGUAUAAAUGUAUAAAUAUAAAUAUAUAUACAUAAAUAUAUACAUACAUGUAUAAAUAUAUAAAUGGAAAUAUAUGAUAUAAAUAUGUAUAUAUCUUUAUAUGUGUAUAGGCUCGUACAGAGUAAAAUUGAAAACUGGAGUUAUACAUGGAGAUGAGUGUGUGUAUCGAGAGUGUGUCUGUGUGAGAGUGUUUUUUUUUUUUUUUUUUAACAGACAGUACUGGAAUAUACAGAUACAGUGAUAUCGAUACCCCAGUAAUAUGAAGGCACUCCAGUGUGUGUUUAUUAUCUGAUGAUGUUUACCUUCACUUCUCUCGACUGGCGGGAGGGCGGAGCUCUCUCCUGUCUCGGACUUCGGCUGCAGCUUCCGAAUGACGUGAUGAAUAACGGACUUACUGAAGAACACUAACUUUUACGAGGAAAAAACAAAGAAACUAAGAAAAGACUCUUCUUCCCGCUACUCUUAUAUGAAGAAUGUACUAUAUGCUUGCUGUGCUGUCGUACUAACAUACAGGUAGAUGCUCGUCAAACAAGAGAAAAAUAAUACAUACGAAAAAUGUACAUAUUUUAGUUUUUAUUCAAGUUUCUGUAUGUGUUUUUUUUUUUUUUUUUUUUUACGGUUAUUCCGAAGUGAAGUCCGUUCUCGGGCUCGUUGUUCUGCGCUGUGUGCUGUGGGAAUCUCUUUUUCGCAGUGCGUCCCAACAGCCAGACCUUACAAAAAAAACGUUAAAAAAUCGUACAAAUCGAGAAUAAUAAAGUCUGAAGUCGGUUUAUAUUUCUAUUAUACAGAAUCAUGAUCGUGAAGAUGUCGGUACCACGAUUAAAAGUAAAAUAAAAAAAAAUUAAAACUGUCAAAACGUCAUAUUCUGCGUAACUGGAGAGUACAGCAUGGCUGUGAUUAGAGACGUUUAUCUUCAUCAUUGUUCACAUAUGGAGCCGUAUUUGCUUAUAUGAAGUGCCUCGUCGUUCAGCCGAUCUUGGAAAACUGGAAAUGGAUUGAGGAAGAGGGGAAAAAUAUGUCAAUAUGUUCGAAAAAAAAGGACUGAAGGACCGGAUCUCAUCAUUGAGCCUCCAUUACAUUUUUUUAUUAUAAAAUAUACCAUUUUUAUACAUAAAACAAACCGAAAAACAAACAAAAGACAAUGCAACCCAGAAACCGUGCUUCCAUCACUACUCAAGCCUUCCAGUCUUACAGUAAAUCCCUCGACGUUCAGUGGGUCAGAUUUGUAUUUCAUGUUUUUACACUCUUUACAGACUUCCUGAACCUACAGAAACGAUAAAUUAAGUGUAAAUAUAUUUUUUCAGUUGUUUUCUGUCCUUUUUUUUAGUUUGUUUUUAGUUCAUCUUGUUCGUUUAAUCCCUUUUCGGUCCAAAGCUGAAGUGAUUGACCAGUGCAGAGACAGGCUGGGACAGAGUGUGCAUGACGCCAUGCUGAACAUGUUCUUGAAGCAGGAUCCAUCUCGCCUGUUUCACAAAAACCAAAUGCAAAACAGAAAAAAAAAAGACACUGGAAAUAAAAAUCAUCUUUUUAUGA